GAGAAUUCUGAAAAAUCAUUAACUUCUAACCCAACUAUUCCAACCUCCUCCUCCUCAAAAUGGCGUUCCCUAUUUUCGCCACAAGCUGUUGAAUUCAGAAACCUUUCCGGGGCCUACAAUAAAUUUGCUUCUCGCUUCCUUCUAUUAAUUUAGGCCUCCCCGACGGUGUUCACCCUGUUCUGCUAAAACCAAGAUCCGAUGAGUCAAAUUUUCCAAGAGCCUAAGGGCUUAAAACCAAUGCCAGCUGGAUUUUCUUCUCAUCAUCAAUCUUGCCGUGGUAAGCAAAGGAAAAUGGAUGAGCAAGGAGGAAACAAAGUGACUGGAAUUAAGCAGAUUGUAAGACUGAAAGAAUUUCUAAGCAAAUGGCAAAAUGCCACACUUGGCCCCAAGGGAAACAACAACGACAACAAUAAUAAUCUUGGAUCAUCGUCGAAACGCAGUAGCAAUUCCCCUGGAGGAAUAUCACCUUCGAUUAGUAUGAGGCUAAGGAACUACAAUAUAUAUUGUGAUUCGGAUGAGGAGAGUUGUCAAAGUCCAGAGCCACCCCAUGGUGUCCCUAGAGGCUAUUUGGCUGUUUAUGUUGGACCAGAGCUUCGGAGGUUUAUAAUUCCCACAAGCUAUCUUAGUGAUCCAUUGUUCAAAUUGUUGCUUGAAAAAGUUGAGGAAGAGUUUGGGUUUGAUCAUACUGGUGGACUCACUAUACCUUGUGAAAUUGAGACUUUCAAGUUCCUCAUGCAGUGCAUGGAGAAUCAUCAGAGAGAUCAAGCUGCUGAUCGUCAUGACGUGGAUUCUGCUGGAUCUUCGCCAGUUGAGGAAUGAGUAAUUACCAUGGUCGUAGUGAUGAUUGAAUGUUUAGAGCUGAGUAAUUUAUUUUUCUUAUUUUUCUUCUUCUGGUUAAAAGAUUAGAAGGUCUCAUUGUACUUGUAUACAAUUUCAUCAUUUCUAUUCUACACUUAUCCCUCUGAGCGUUCAAAGCUGACUCUGAAGGAGGAAAAGAAAGAAGGAGGGCCUAGGUAGUUAUCUUCAGAAGGUUCAUUGGCAAAAAAGAGAAAGCAGAAACCGUUGACCCUUUAAUUUCUAGGUAUUACCUACCAGAAUUUAUGAAAAUCAAACUUGACAAAAUACUGUAUUCCUAGGAUUGCCAAUUUGUAUUGGAAUAACACUUUAAUAUUGUAAAUUAUUAUCUUUGGUUUGUACAAUA